AUUUACUCUCAGAUUUCGUUUCUUGUCAAACACCAUCAAUCGUUUCUUGAUUUAUAUGUUCUUAAAACAUGAAUCAAUAAGAUUUAAUUAGAUUCAUCAUAUUUUAAGUUAUAGAUUUCUAUGCUACAAAUUUGUAAAGUUUAAUAUUUUAAUUGCUUCACAUGUGUCACUAAGCUCAUUGGUUCUAAUUAUGUUUACAUCUUCUGAGUUCGUUAAUUUUGAAACAGAUUCUUGCUCUGUUAUAAAAACAGAGACUUUUGGGAAUUAUCACAGAUUUGAUUGCUUCUGUCACAAAGCUCAUUGGUUCUUUGCUUACUUUUACUUUUUACAACAACGGAUAAGGCACAGACCGCAGUGGAGUUGUUGAGGGAGAACAAGAACAAGUUUGAUCUCGUUAUUAGCGAUGUUGACAUGCCAGACAUGGAUGGUUUCAAGCUGCUUGAGCUUGUUGGUCUUGAAAUGGACUUACCUGUCAUUAUGUUAUCUGCGCACAGCGAUCCAAAGUAUGUGAUGAAAGGAGUGAAGCACGGUGCCUGCGACUAUCUCCUUAAACCGGUUCGAAUUGAGGAGCUCAAGAACAUAUGGCAACACGUCGUGAGGAAAAGCAAGCUCAAAAAGAUGAAGGGCAUUGUGACUAAUGGUGAAUCUGAGGGAAACUCUGAUCAAAACGGGGUGAGAGCAAACAGGAAACGUAAAGAUCAGCUUGAAGAGAAAGAUGAAGAAGAACAAGAACAAGAAAGGGGGAAUGAUAAGAAGCCACGUGUUAUUUGGACGCGAGAGCUGCACAAUAAGUUCCUAGCAGCUGUUGAUCAUGUGGGCAUUAUGAACGCUGUACCAAAGAAGAUUCUUGACCUGAUGAAUGUUGACAACCUCACAAGAGAGAAUGUAGCCAGCCACCUUCAGAAAUUUCGGUUAGCCUUGAAGAAAAUAACAAAUGAAGCUAAACAACAAGCUAACAUGGCAGCCGCAAACUCGCAUUUCAUGCAAAUGAGUUCUCUCAAAGGAUUUGGCAGCUUCCACCACAGUCCAAUACCUCUUGGAUCAAGUCAGUUCCAUGGUGGAGCCGCAACCAUGAGGCAUUACCCUUCAAAUAGGACCUUUGCAGGAAUGUUCCCACAUGUCUCAUCAUCGCUUCCUCGUAACCUCCACAAUGAUGGAGGUCACAUGCUUCAGGGAACGCCAUUUCCUCCACUAGAGAAUCUUCAUAUCAACAGCAACAACAAGGCUUUUCCGAGUUUUGCUUCACAACAAAGCUCUCUACUGGUGGCUCCCAGUAUGGUUCUUGAGGGUCACCAACAGUCAACAUCUCCAUCCUUUUCUCCUCACUUGGAGAUCAACAAGCGUCUUGAAGACUGGUCAAACAACAUUCCACAGAGUAAUGUUCACUCAGAACCAGACGCCUUGGGAUGGAACAUGUUCGGCAACUCAACAAAUCAGACAUAUUUCUGUAGAGACACGGAGUUUGGAUCCUCGAGUGCUGCACAGGCAGACUCUUUACAGAUGAAGCAGCAGCAUGAAAACAUCUUUAGUCCGAUGACAGUUGCUCAACUGUUGAGAAGUAGCAGUGCAAAUGAAGGUUUAUUCAUGGGACAACAGAAGCUAGAGAACGGCUUCAUGGCUUCAGAUGCUGGCUCCUUGGAUGAUAUAGUCAACUCCAUGAUGACUCAGCAGGAACAGAGUCAAGCCGAGUUCUCGGAAGGAGAUUGGGUUUGGGUGGCAUAAUAGCUCACUCAAAACAUGCAUAUGAUGAAUCUGUGUUUUUUUUUCUCUUUGUCAGCAUUAGAGUGUUGUAUUCAGACACAAGUCUUUGGUUCUGUCUAUUUUUUUGGCUCUCUCUUCUUCCUUUGUAAGGGAACCAUAAGCUCUUGUUUACAAGUUUCCUCACUGGUUUAAUAAAUAGGUCUU